CAGUUGUACAGGCUGUACUGUUGACCCUGCUUAAAAAGCGAACCACGGUGGGAUUUCAAGCGCCUGAAGAAAGAAAGAGAAAAAGGUUUUAUGUUAAUCUUUCCUUCCAUUUUGGAUUACGCAACUUCAAGUACAUUUGCAGUCACGCAUGGGAGAGCUGGGAAUGGGAUCCGGACAGUAAAUCUCCUGAUGCUCAACUGUCUCCAUGCCGACAGGCCGUCUACUUUCACAUCGGCCCUCUGCUGGACAGUCAGGGCACUGCAGGGGUCAGAGGCACCAAAGGUUUCACUCAUGGUGAGCAUUACUGGGAGAUUGAGUUCCUUGAGCCUCCAUACGGAAACUCUGUAAUGGUAGGGGUUGGUACCCAAAAUGCACUGCUGCACACAGGGGACAAAAGGUUUAUCAACCUUAUAGGCAUGGACAGUCAGAGUUGGGGUCUAUCAUAUAAAGGCUUCAUCUGGCAUAAUGGGAGGAGUCGAAAUUACACUGAGCCUUUUUACGAAAGAAAUACAGUCAUUGGGGUUCUGCUGGACUUGAGCGGUGGAACACUAACGUUUUACAGAAAUAGUGUGAAUCUCGGGGUGGCCUUCACCGACCUGGAGCAGGUCAGCAAGGCUUUGUAUCCACUGGUGAGCUCUACUGCCCCUGAAACCGAGCUUCAGCUUGGUUUGCGAACCCAAAGGAUUUUCUCUCUACAGGAACAAUGCAUAAACACCAUCACACAGUGCCUCUUACCUCACAGACAUGCACAUGAAUUACCAUUGCCCACAUCCCUGCUUUGUCAAAUACACACACAUGCACAUACAUAAGGGCUUUACCUGUUAUUUACAACACACCAUUUACACACCCACACUAAAUAAUAUCCAAAGUCCGUCUGGGGACUGUAUAGUGCAAGGAACCUUAGUUGUAGGGAUUCAGAUUUACCUCAAAAAUUAUUUUAAUAAAUGGAUUGUAUAUUUUUAAUACUUCCAUUUUAUCAAAACAAGCCAAAGUGACUUUUCAAGCACAAAAGCACAUAUAAAUUAUUUAAAAGCAUAAAUAAUUCUGCAUUUUUUUUUUUUUUUUUCGUUCCUGGGUAGUAGUAAGUGUUAUUUCCUA